UUAUGGUACAAGGGAAGGUUUAGACAAGAGAGAGCGUGAUUCUUAGAUUUUUUUUCAGAGAAAAAUGUCAAGCUCCGAAAAGUCUUCUCUCGACAUACAGGUAUCUAUGAAUGCCCUAAAUAUGACCGAAGAGACAAAUAUUGACACUUCAAAAAACGAGAGCCCUGUCCUCGAUCCUGUUACUGGUUCUAACAAUGGCCGUGAAGAUUACCUGGAUUGGAAUGAGUACUUUAUGGCAGUUUCCUUCCUUUCUGCUCAACGCAGCAAGGACCCGGCCACACAGGUUGGAGCUUGUAUUGUGAGUACUGAUAAACGAAUUGUAGGAAUAGGAUAUAAUGGAUUUCCCAGGGGAUGCGGGGACAAGCAUCUACCCUGGGGGAAACGAAGCAGUAAUGAGUUGGAGAACAAGUACAUGUACGUGUGUCACGCUGAGAUGAAUGCAAUCAUGAACAAGAACAGCGCCAGUGUGGAGGGUUGCUCCAUGUUCGUCGCAUUGUUCCCUUGCAAUGAGUGCGCCAAGAUGAUAAUACAGGCGGGGAUCAAGGAGGUCGUCUUCUUCUCUGACAAACACUGUCUAAAACCGAGUACAAUUGCCUCUAAGAAACUGUUGGAUAUGGCUGGAGUAACCUACAAACAAUUCAUUCCCAGAAUGCGUCAGCUUACCAUUGAUUUCGAACUCGCGGAUUCCUCCGUCUAUAAUGACGCGAACUCAAUCAGCAAGUCAAUGACGCGAAUUCAUCAGCAGGUCAAUGACGCGAAUUCAUCAGCAAGUCAAUGACGCGAAUUCAUCAGCAAGUCAAUGACGCGAAUUCAUCAGCAAGGCAAUGACGCGAAUCGAUGUGAU